CUUUGUCUUAUUAUUUCAGUAUCUGACUGAAAGUCUGAAACGCCAUGGCUAAGAUAUGUGCUCUAGUUCUGGUGAUGUUCUUCAACAUCUUGUUGGCCGUAUCGGCUGGUAAUUUCAACCAAGAUUUCGAUAUAACGUGGGGCGAUGGACGCGCCAAAAUACUCAACAAUGCGCAGCUACUCACUCUUUCCCUUGACAAGACUUCCGGGUCGGGAUUCAAGUCCAGGAAUCAGUAUCUUUUUGGAAAAAUCGAUAUGCAGAUUAAGCUCGUGCCUGGUAACUCCGCCGGUACCGUUACAGCUUACUAUCUAUCUUCAUUGGGGUCGGCUCAUGAUGAAAUAGACUUUGAAUUUCUUGGCAACCUAAGCGGAGAUCCUUAUAUUCUACACACUAAUGUUUUUACGCAAGGCAAGGGUAAUAGAGAGCAGCAAUUUUACCUUUGGUUCGAUCCCACCAAAGACUUCCACACCUACUCCAUCUUGUGGAACCCUCAAAGCAUCAUAUUCUCUGUGGAUGGAACACCUAUUCGAGAGUUCAAGAACUUAGGAUCGAGAGGAAUCCCAUUCCCAAAGAACCAAGCAAUGUGGAUCUACUCGAGCCUUUGGAACGCAGAUGAUUGGGCAACACGCGGUGGACUUGUGAAGACAGACUGGAGUAAAUCUCCAUUCACAGCCUCAUACAGAAACUUCAACGCACAAGCAUGCAUUUGGUCUUCUGGUUCUUCCUCUUGUUCUUCUUCUCCUUCUAGUUCUUCAAAAGGGGCAUGGUUCGCCCAAUCUUUAGAUGCGACUGGGCAAGGAAGAAUGAAAUGGGUUCAGAAGAACUAUAUGAUCUACGAUUACUGCAAAGAUACCAAGCGCUUCCCACAGGGACUUCCUCUUGAAUGCACCACAGCUACUUGAUUUGCCUGUUAUAGUAUCUCAUUAUGUAAUUAGUGGGCUGUAAAAUUAAGAGAACUAGCUAGGGUUUGUUUUAAUCUAUUGUGAAUUUUGAUGUCGCAACGUGUGAUUCGUUAUUAAUAAAUAUGAAACUUUGUUA